AUGGCACCUCUCGUCUUCGUUAUUGGCGGAACAGGAGCUCAGGGCAUUCCUGUCAUCCGCGGACUCGUCAAAGAUGGCGCCUAUGCAGUGCGAUUCUUGACCCGAGAUGCCACCUCGGCUAGGGCGAAGCUCCUCCUGAGCUUGGGAGAUGUCGAAGCGCUUGAGGGUACAUUUGCGAGCGAGGCGGAUCUUCGCAAAGGCUUUCGCGGCGCUCAGUAUGCCUUUGUGAACAUUGAUGGGUUCAACUGCGGUGAAAAGACGGAGAUGUUCUGGGCCAUACGCGCAUAUGAGCUGGCGCUGGAAGAAGGCAUCAAAUUCUUCGUUUAUGGGAAUCUGGAUUAUGUGUACAAGAAGAGCGGAUUCGAUCCCAAGUUUAGGACGGGCCAUUAUGACGGAAAGGGCCGUGUUGGUGAGUGGAUAUUGCAGCAAACCAAAACGCCCGAGAUUGCGAAGAGGAUGGGUGCGGCUCUCUUUACGACAGGUCCUUACAUACAGAUGGCGCUUGGACAGCGUACCCCCAUGUCUCCUAUUCUUGAAGACGGAGUGGUCACCUGGAAAGUCCCCCUAGGAGAAGGUGCUGUGGCUCAUGUUGAUCUUGACGACUGCGAGUAUUAUGUUCGGUGGCUGUUUGACCACCAAGAACGCUCUAACGGGCUGGCCCUCGACGUCGCUAUCGAUUUGAUCAAUUACCAUGACAUGGCCAAGGCCUUUACAAACGUCACUGGCCGCCCUGCAAAGUACGUGGACACAGACCUGGAAACGUAUUGGAAGAUUGGCCCUCUCGGUCCGGGCCAAACCUCGUCGGGGUACAACAGCGAUCUCUCGGACCCGAGCUCCAUGACUCUGCGUGAGAACUUUACAGGAUUCUGGAACAUGUGGAAACACACACGAACGGACAAUCGAGGCGUCAUUCAGCGCGACUUUGCUCUGCUGGAUGAAAUACAUCCCAAUCGGAUCAGAAGUGUUGAAGAGUGGUUUAGAAGAGAGGAAGAGAAGAGCAAAGACCAGGGCUUGCCAGGUCUUUGGGAUCGUGCUACAAAGUUGAAGCCGGUACUGAAAAUUGCGGAAGACGGACGACGGGGUCGUCUGUAG